CAGAAUUCAAAACCAUUGGUCAGGGGCAAAUACCACUGGCUCUGUGUCCUCAGUCACUUCGUGCCAUUUCGCCAACUAGGAGCCAAGGGAAGUUUGAAAAAUGAAAGCAUUAGCAAGACUUGUUCUGGGACUUGUCAUCUUUGAUGCUGCUGUGACUGCUCCAACAUUAGAGCCCAUCAACUAUGACUCAGAAACUUAUGAUGCCACCUUGGAAGACCUGGAUGAUUUAUACAACUAUGAAAACAUACCUAUUGGCCAAGCUGAGAUUGAAAUAGCAACAAUGAUGCCUUCAGGGAACAGAGAGCUCCUCACCCCGCCCCCACAGCCAGAGGAGGCAGAAGAGGAAGAGGAGGAGUCCACCCCCAGGCUGAUUGAUGGAUUUUCCCCACAGGAACCUGAAUUCACCAGGGUUCUUGGUCCACAAACCAGUGAAGAUUUUCCAACCUGCCUUCUGUGUACCUGUAUAAGUACCACUGUAUACUGUGAUGACCAUGAGCUUGAUGCUAUUCCUCCACUGCCCAAGAACACUGCUUAUUUCUAUUCCCGCUUUAACAGAAUUAAAAAGAUCAACAGAAACGACUUCGCAAGCUUAAAUGAUUUAAGGAAGAUUGAUCUAACAUCAAAUUUAAUAUCUGAAAUUGAUGAAGAUGCAUUCAAAAAGCUGCCUGAACUCAGAGAGCUUAUCCUACGUGACAACAAAAUAAGGCAACUUCCAGAUUUGCCAACCACUUUGACAUUCAUUGAUAUUAGCAACAAUAGACUUGGAAGGAAAGGAAUAAAGCAAGAAGCAUUUAAAGAUAUGUAUGAUCUCCAUCACCUCUACCUCACAGAUAACAACUUGGAUCACAUCCCGCUGCCACUCCCAGAAAACCUUCGAGCCCUUCAUCUCCAGAAUAACAACAUUCUGGAGAUGCAUGAAGAUACCUUCUGUGAUGUUAAAAAUUUGACUUAUAUUCGUAAGGCACUAGAAGAUAUCCGAUUGGACGGAAACCCUAUCAAUCUCAGCAAAACUCCUCAAGCUUAUAUAUGCCUACCUCGUUUGCCUAUUGGGAGUCUUGUGUAAAUUAGACAAUGAUUAGUAUUAUGAUGCCUACUAUAACAAAAACAACUCACACUGCUCUCUUCACAAACAAAACUCAGCAUGACAAAAAUUUUACAUUGUGUUCUGAAAGGUAUCAUAAUAUAAAAUACAACUCAAAAUAUUAAGAUAUGAUGGCAGUUAGAUAAUCUUAAAAAAAACACCAUAAAUCAGGAAUAAACCAAAAGAUGUACAGAAAAUGCAAAACUAAAUGAUAGAAAAUAUUUCAUAGACAUAAAUCACAUGUAAUUUGCAAGUUUUAGGUAUCCAUAGUCUCUGUAAUUUCAAAUUAAGCACAUAAGAAAUAAAAAUUAAAAAUGAACACUGAAGCCUGGACAGCAUGGCUCAGUGGUUAAGCGUUGACCAAUGAAC